AAAGCAGCGUUAAGCCUGUUUUCCAUCCAGGAUGCUUUCCAUUUACACUGUCCUCAGGGUGUCUGACCUUUGUACGAAUAAUGAACUAACAGAAGUUUUUAAUGGGAGCAAUAGUAGGAAGCCAUAAGUAAUCCAGCACCGUAUGGUGUUUAAAAGGGUUGCAGAGCACAUUGCUGAAAUGCUUUGGUAAAUUUGAGGAAUGGCCUGGUAGCCUGGUGUUGAAGGAAUUUUCUACUUAUUCAGUGUCUUGGACUCAGUUUUCCACCCUGGGUCUCUCCGCUCUGUUCAGGAGGAUUUCGGAGGACUGUGGGUGCUCAUCCUUUGUGCCAGUGCUUCACGUCACUCAGCGGUGACGUUUAGUGAUGGUUAUGGAGAGUUUCUGACAACACAGUCCUUCUAGGCUAAAGAAGAAGUGAUAAAGGGCCUAGAGACAGCAGGAGCUGGCAGUAUUGCAGGUGUUGAAGCUAUAAAGAGAGAUGGAGAAUGUGAUGUUAUCCUUCAAAGUGCAUAUGGAAUACAUGAGGAGAAGCUAUGAAGAAGACCAAGAUCAGGGUGCAGUAGGUGGAAAGGGAGAAGACCAAGAUCAGGGUGCAGUAGGUGGAAAGGAUGACCAAGAUCAGGAUGCCACGAGUGGAAGGGAAGACCAAGAUCAGGAUGCCAUGGGUGGAGAUGAAGAAGACCAAGAUCAGGAUGCCAUGGGUGGAGAUGAAGAAGACCAAGAUCAGGGUGCUGUAGGUGGACAGGAGGAGAAAGCCAAUAAGCCAUUUCUUUCUCUUUCCCAAAUUACUGCUUUGUUAGAAGAAAAUCUAGAAGGAGUUGAAAAAAUGUUGGAAGAAUUUCUGAAUUUUACACGAUUAAAGACAUCUUGGAGAAAAGCUGUUUUAAUCGAUUAUUACAGUACGGGAUUUCUGUGGGCUAAAGAAAUGAACUUCAGUCUUAUACAACUCUCAGGAUUCAUGGAACUAUUAAAUUUUGUCUUGGAGAACAUCAGUGACAAACAUAUGACCUUAGGAGAUAAUUUAAAAGAACUGGAAAGAGCAAUGGCUGAAAUAGGAGAAACUGAUUCAGAACAAGGAAAUGACUUGAAUUUCUUCAGCAUUGAGCAAGGCAAAGCAAUCAUUGAUUACUUCAUUAACAGCUUAUUUAAAUUUUAUAGAGUGUAUGAACUCCUCUUCCGAGGUCCUAGAGGACUUGAGUUAAGUGAUGAGCAGCAGCAGGAUGUGAUUGAACUUGACCAACCUGAAGUUCCCUCCUCAGCUGCAGCGACAGAAUCUCAGGGGUCUGAUCAGGAGGAUUACCUGGAAGAGUCCUCCGAGGCAGAUGCUGUGGCGGGUGUCACUGCUGAAGAUCAGAAGUCUGCAGAGUGUGAAAUCCCAAAUGAAAUUAUUGGCAACCUUGAGGCAGACAUAAAUGAAAAGCUGGAAAUGCAGGAAGAAGCUUAGACUCAGAGAACAGAAAAAUUAAAAACUCCUAAAUAGCCAGAUAAGAAAGGUGAUGCUGGAUUUCACAGGAAUGGGGCAGUAGGGGAUGGCACACACAGAGCUGGCUCCCUGCCUGAACAUAAUUAUUUCUGUAUAAAGGAAAGUGGUUCUGUUAACGUUUACCUAGAAGUAGUUCAUCCCAGUUCCUCAAAUUCACUGUGUUCUGCCAGCGUUGUUGUUUAGUUUAGGCUUAAGUUGAAGAUUAUAAACAGAAGGACACAUAAUUAAAACAUGUCGAAGUUCAGUUUAUUUCUGAAUAGAAAUCCUAGCUUAAAAAAAAAAAAUCGUUGAAGUUUCAUUCUCUUUCCUUCUUCCAGUUGUGAAAUAUUUAACAGUUUCUGCUUUACACCCAUGGUUUUUUUCAAGAAAUGUUGCUACAAGGAGAAUACAUAGAGAGGAAACAUCAUUUUGAGGCACUGCAGAUAUAAUAAGGAGGGAAUUUAAUUAACAUGUAAUUACACACUUUUCACUGUAGCUAUUCUUUAAUAAUAUGUAUGUUAUUUAAUUUUAAUUUGCUUCCUAAGCUUUAAAACACACUUAAUAGCUUACACUUCUUUCUUUCUACCAUGUUAAAUUGAAUAAAUAAAGAGUUUGCACUUCAGUAUUCCUUUAGAUUUCAGUGGAAUUUUUUCUGGAAUGCAUGUAACCUUUCAUCUGAGAAUGUUUCCAUAUUUUUUCCAGACAUUAGAGAAAUGUUUCAUACUCAAAAGGAAUUCAACCAAAUAAAUGACCUCAGAAGAACCGGUUUAACAUCUAUGUUGCAGAACUGUAGCCUGUAUUUAUUGUGUCACAGAACUCUGUGCCCUAGAAAGCAUGUGAAGUACAAGUCAUGCUUUGAAGUGUAAAGGCUGGAUUGGAUUACAUGUUUAGUGGAAUAUUUGAGAAAUGGAGUGUUUUAUUCAUUACAUUUUCAUAUUUGUCUCCCACUCAGUAAAAAGUUAGUUUUUGUUUCAUUUCAUCCCUGUUUUUUUGAUGCUGGUAAAUAAAAAAAAAAAAAAAAAAAUUGGCAAACCUGACUCAGCCCAAUCAAAA